AUGAGUUUAUCGGAGCAGUUGGGAGCUAUUGCGGACAGAACCGCAUCGGUGGUGGUGGAUAGAAAGACCAGAAGUAAAAUCCACUCAAAAUCGUUGAUUUUCGAACCCAAAGUUGCCUCGACCCAGGACUAUGAGUUGAUCUACCAGAUUGGUUUGGAGGGUUUAGAGGAGCUCAGCUCAAUUGACAGGAGAUUUGUCAGGUUUGAGAACACACUUUUCAGUGAAACCGCCAUCAAUUUCGAUAGAAAUACGCAGCUGCAGCCAUUGUUGAAGGAUUUAAACGAGAGCAUCAACCUGUUUUUACUAUUGGUUUCACCAUACUUGAACUUGAACUGUUCUAUCAAGGCAUUGGAAUGGCUUGUGAGGAAGUUCAACAUCAAUAUGUUCAAUGGAGAGUUGUUGUUGUUGAUCGGGUUGUCCUACUACAAGGAGCCGGUGUUUUUAAAGUUCUUGAAUGUUAUUCCUAAGAACUCAUUCCCAAAGAUAUUCGAACCAUUGGCUGCAUUCAAAGACUUAUUAAAAAAUCCUUCUGCCGCUUCCAUCUUGAAAAGCUUUUUGAAUAACUUGGAAUUGGUCCAGUUGUACUUUUCAUUCAUCGUGGACCAAGUCAAGAAUAAGUUGAUUUUCAAACUGCAGUUAGUAUUCUAUUUGUCCAUUUCCAUUCAAUUAUUGUCUGCGAACAGCAAAGAUUCAGAAAAGUUGGAACAGAACUACGUUCCUCUAGUGCUCAAUGCCGUUGGCUAUUUCUUGUUACCAAAUGAUACCAGCCUUUCCCACGAAUUAAAAUUAACUGCAUUUUCUUUGGUAUCGGUAUUAAGUUCCAUCCUUCCAUUGAACUCCAAAGUUGUAUUGUCAUUAACUGAUUCGAUCAUAAACAAUGACGAAUGUCUCAAUGAUAAAAUAAUCAAGAAGACCUUAAUCACCUUGGGACAGUUAUGGCAUGGAUUUGUAACCGAUGAAAGAAUCUACGUUAAACCUUUUGAUUUGGCAAGUCACGAAACUUUGGUGACUUCUGUUGUCAAAGAGAACUUUAACUGCAACAAGUUUUUAAUCGCCUACUACAUUUCAAACACUUUUGAGAAAGGAUUGUAUAGGUUGAUCAAGCACAUAAAUGUCGACAAUCAAGUUGAAUUCAAGACAAUUAUGAAUGCAUUGUUAGUUGAAACAGAGAGCUCCGAGGAGGAUACGAAGACCAAUGUUACCAGAGGCUUAGAAAGCUUAUACAAGCUGAAUAGUUCCCUCUUCAAGGAAAAUUUGAAGUGUUUCAGAGAAGGAUUUUCACUUUCAGACUUAGAAAUGGUGUUGAUGACCACAUUGGACGAUGGAUAUAUAAGAGACUCUGACCAAGAGUUUGAGGUCCAUGACGACGCUGAUGAUGAAGAUGACGAAGAAAGCAUCGAGAUCAUCCAACAGAAGAUGACUGAGUUUAAAAUCAGCCAUAACACUACCACAUUUUGGAAUUCCUCCUCUACCGAAGAGUUUAACAACUUGGCUACCAUUCUCAUGAAGAAUUUGAAUGCCACCAGUGGAUUGGUGACAAAGUUCACUUCAAUGGAGUUGUAUAUCUCCUUUUUAUUCAGAUUCUCAUUGACUCCUUCCAUCCCUAUAAUUGCCAGACUUCUGGUGUUGAAGACUUUGAACCACAAGAUGAACAAACUCGUCAAAUACGACUAUGAGUUCUACACUCUUUUGCCAUUUGUGUUAUUGGGUCUCUUUGACCAGCUGAAGUUGGUUCGUCAGUACUAUCUCAGCUUGUUCAAGAAAUUCUCCAAAGCCAACCCUAGUAAGAAAGCUGAGUUGUUCAUGGAAGAAGAGAUCUACGGCAGUUUACCAAAGAACAAAAGAUCAAUUUUGUCUCCUAAAGAUGGUAACUACUUGAUUGAGAUCUUGGACGAAGCCAAUCUCGAAGAUGUUACUGUUGAUCAAUACAAAUUAGUACCCUUGGUUAACUCCUUAUUCAAUCACAGUAAAGGCAACUCCAAGAAGUUUGGUGCAAACUAUUUGAAGGGAUUCGUCUUGAACCAGUGGUCUUUGCCUUACUUGCCUUUGUGCUUCAAGUACAAGAUUUGGAACAUUAUGAGCGUUUUGAAUAACGAAUUCCAGCCCAAUGACUUCCGAGAGGCAUUUGUUGAGAACGAUUUACUGAGCUACUUGCUGACGAGAAACAACCUUGUUAAAGAAGCUAAUGAAAUCAAGGUUGAGUUUGCCAAUGUCGAGAAGUGGUUAGUUAGUAUUCUCGGGGGUCGUCACAUUAACGACAAAUUUGCAGCCAAAGAGGUUGACAUCACGAUCACUUUGAUUCUUGGACCUUCUCAAUUACAGGAGCUUAUCAGUGAAAGAAUGCCAGUUAUCUUCGAGUAUAUCAAGUCAAGCGACUUGAAGUUCAAGAUUGUUACCAAGUUAAUUGAUUGUGUUAUCAACGAUACUAACCUGGUGGUAGAUCAAUUCGAAGUGUUGUCGAACUUGAAGUUGGACUUCCAGUUGAUCUCCUCUGUGUUGAGUACCGUUCAAUUGAACGAGCAAGUCCCUGAACAAGCAAUUGUUAAAAGGAAGAGAAGAUCUUCGAGUCAAACCAAACAGACCAUGGCCAGAAGCGAUAUCAACUCUAUGGCAUCCACCCAUCUCAGGAAGUUGACUAUAAUUUUGGAUUACUUGGAAAUCAACUUGACUGACAACUUGAAAGCGAACGUUCAAGAUGAUACCAUAUCCCGCCCUGAGUUGUUGGUGGAGCUUUUCAAGAUCUUGACUGACUUGGAUUAUCUCGGAAACGAUGGACACUUACCAGUAUUAUAUGCUCAAGAGACAUUAGCCAGUUGUAUGUUGAUGUCCAUCAAGCUGAUGAAGUCCAAGAAUUUCACAUUUGAUUCCAACUCCAUUAGAGCAGACUUGAUCGUGAACUCGAUUCGAAACUCCACCAGUCCCCAGGUACAGAAUCGCUUGUUGUUGGUGAUUGCAGAACUUGCUUCAUUGGCACCUGAAAUCAUUUUGCACUCGGUGAUGCCUAUUUUCACCUUUAUGGGUGCUCACACUAUCAAACAAGACGAUGAGUUUUCCAAUUCAGCUUUACAAGAAACGGUAUCCAGGGUAAUUCCCGCAUUGGCUCAAAACGGAACCACCAAUAUAGAUGAGGACAUCGAGUUUUUAUUGGCAAGUUUUGUUGCUGCUUUGCAACACAUUCCUAGACACCGCAGAAACAAGUUGUUUAACUCUUUAGUAAAGACUUUGACGGUGGAAAAGUCCUUGCACACAAUUUUGUUCUUGGUUGGUAACCAGCUCCACAAACUCGACGGUAACCAGGUGGACACAAAAAAUUCGUUGGUUGAGUUUUCAUCCUCGUUGGUUAAAAACUUCAGUGCCGAUGAGCAGUUGAAUGCUAUCAACAAGUUAUUGUUGUUAUGGGACAAGAUACCCAAUCAGACAGUGGAGAAGAACAGUGAGGAAUAUGCCAGCUUGAUCAAAAGACCAAUUUUCGGGGCUUCUCUCUUGUCUUUGACUAAUGAUGAGUUGAUCAAUUUGAAAGUCAAUUUGUUGAACUUUGUAAACGAAAUCAUUGACCCCACCGAUGACUUUAACGAGAUCAACUUAUUGAAAUUAAAGAUCAACUUGAAGUUGUUGGAUCAAGAUAUUUCUGGACAAGAGAAGGAAUCUAUGUUGCAAGAAUUCAACCAAAUCAUUUCUUUCUUGUUGAAGUCAAUCGAUGCCUUCAGCAAUAAAAAGGGUAUCAAGUCCGGAAAAAUUAUCAGCAAUAUCUAUAGGUUGUUGAACGGUUUCUUGGACAUGCUUCCUAUUUCAUACUUCAUCGACUCGAUAGUUAGUUCUUUGAACCCCGACCUGCUCAAUGACUUCAUUUCUAUCAAGAUCGCCAUUAAUUUUGCCAACUUAACCAGUGUGAAGUUUGAAAACGACUUGAACAUCAACAAUGUAAACGACGAGUUGAAAGAAACCAUCAAAACCAAGUUGUUGCCAGUGUUGAUAACCGGAAUAGAUAAGAAUUUGGGAUUGGUGUUGCAACAGUCCUACUUGGACACUUUCGCAGUGGUAAUCCAAAAGUUGGCUGCAGUUGAUCCAGAAGCUUUCAACGACAGUAAGAGUUUGCUUAGCUCCUUGAACCUUGUUAUUAGUGACAAGGGAUUCUUAAGCGAUAAGCCUGAAUUGAUCAUCUCUGCCACCAACGUCAUAAUCAACGUCAUCAACAUUUUAGGAAUCAAGUUCAUAGGGUGUUUCCCCAAGGUCAUUAAGCCAUCUUUCCAGAUUUGGGAAAAGUAUCAAGCAGACGAGGACAAAGACGAAGAGGACGAGGAAGCUGGGUCCAGUACGUUGGUACGGACAUCUAUAUUAUUGUUGUACUCAGCCUUGAUCAAGAAACUCCCAGCAUUUUUGGGAUCGCAUCUCGAGCAUAUCAUCAUUACGAUUUUGAACAGUAAUGAAGUGGACAACGGGUUGAGGUCCGAGAUUCUAAGUCUUUUGAUCUCCCAUGUAGAACUUUCAGUGUUGUUGAAGAGCUUGAUCAGUAUCUGGAACAACAAAAAGUUCUACGACAAUAACCACACGGAUAACUUGGGAUUGUACUUGAGAUGCCUUGAGUAUACGAUCGAGUCUAUUGACAAGAAGACAGCAGUUCAGAACUCCACCUUGUUCUUGAGAUGGAUUUUGACAUCGUUCGAAUUCAGACAAUACUGUGAGUCCAACGAUAAAUUCAACAAUAACACCAUUCACAGAUUGGAGGCAUCUUUCCACAAAUGUGGGAUGAUGUUCAUCAUGAAGUUGAACGAUAAGAGUUUCAGACCAUUGUUUGCAUCGCUCACUAGAUGGGCCAUUAACGGUGAGGACUCAACUGUUGACAGUGAGGUGUCAAGAUACACGUCAUUCUUCAAGUUCUUCAACAAAAUGCAAGAAGAACUAAAGAGUAUUGUCACCAGUUACUACUCGUAUGUAAUUGAAGCGGUUGCGCAAUUGUUGCAAAAAUUCGCAGCCAGCGAGGUCGACGACAUUAACUUGCGAAGAAUAGUUCUCAUCUCGUUGAACACCUCGUUCAAGUAUGACCAGGACGACUAUUGGAACCAAGAGCUGCGGUUCGAGAUGAUGUAUACUCCGUUGUUGGCGCAAUUGACAAACAUUGAAGAUUCAAUCGGGAAAUACCUUCUCAAGGCCAUCACCAACUUCACCGCCAACGUGUCGUCAGACGAACAUAACAACAUCAUAGUACAAGAAUUGAUCAAGUACGUAUCGAACGACCACGAGAACUCGUCCCAAACCAAGAUUUGGACCAUCCGGACCUUGAAAUCAAUUUUCCAGAAACUCGGCGAGAACUGGUUGAGCCAUCUCCCUACGUUGGUGCCAUAUAUUGCCGAGCUCCUCGAGGACGAUGAUGAGGCCGUAGAGUUGGAGGUCAGAAAGGGACUUGUCCGGGUCAUCGAGAAUGUACUUGGAGAACCACUUGAUCGGUAUUUAGACUAG